AUGGAGGACAGUCCCCUCUUGGCUAACGUCGUGAAGCAGAGUGCUUUGUGUCACGAACUAAAGUAUGACUUAUCCUGUGAACUCUACCGCAUGUCCACCUUUUCUACCUUCCCCCCUAACGUGCCGGUGUCGGAACGAAGUCUUGCCCGGGCUGGCUUUUAUUACACUGGUGUGCAAGAUAAGGUUAAAUGCUUCAGCUGUGGCUUAACAUUGGACAACUGGCAACCAGGAGAUAAUGCUAUGGAAAAACACAAACAGCUGUAUCCCAGCUGCAGUUUUGUUCAAGACAUGCUUUCAGUUAAUGAGCUCGGGCUGUCCUCUUGUUCUGCCAUUUCCCCUAGGUUCACAAACAAUCUCUCACCAUCUGUACAUUCUGUAACGCUUUCUCCAAGUUUAGAACAAGUCGGAUAUUUCAGUGGGUCUUUUUCCAGUUUUCCUCAAGACCCAGUAACUACUAGGGCAGUUGAAGACCUUUCGUUCUUGAGGCCUAAACUUCACAACCCUUCUAUGAGCACAGAAGAUGCCAGGCUGCGCACUUUCCACUCGUGGCCACUGACAUUUCUGUCGCCCACUGAUCUGGCAAAGGCUGGACUUUAUUACGUGGGGACAGCAGACAGAGUGGUUUGUUUCACCUGUGGUGGUCAGCUGAGUAACUGGGAACCAAAAGAUAAUGCAAUGUCGGAGCACCGGCGGCACUUCCCUGCCUGCCCUUUUGUGGAAAACCUUACCCGAGAGCUGUCCAGUUUCAACGUUUCAAACGUAAGCAUGCAAACCCAUGAAGCACGUGUUAAAACAUUCAUAAAUUGGCCAACUAGAAUUCCAGUUCAGCCUGAACAGCUUGCGGAUGCUGGCUUUUACUAUGUAGGUAGGAACGAUGAUGUUAAGUGUUUUUGCUGUGAUGGUGGUUUAAGAUGCUGGGAAUCUGGAGAUGACCCAUGGAUUGAGCAUGCGAAGUGGUUUCCAAGGUGUGAGUAUCUGCUUCGUGUGAAAGGAGGAGAGUUUGUAAGUCAAAUUCAGGCCAGGUUUCCCCAUCUUCUUGAGCAGCUCUUGUCAACCUCUGAUACACCCGUUGAUGAAAAUGCUGAUCCCCCAAUUAUUCAUUUUGAACCUGGAGAGGGUCAUUCAGAAGAUGCAAUCAUGAUGAACACGCCUGUGAUUAAAGCUGCCUUGGAGAUGGGAUUCAGCAGAAGGCUAAUAAAGCAAACAGUGCAGAGUAAAAUCUUGGCCACUGGAGAAAACUACAAGACCGUUAAUGAUCUGGUCUCUGAUCUGCUCACUGCUGAAGAUGAGAAGAGGGAGGAAGAGAGAGAGAGACAGUUUGAAGAAGUGGCUUCAGACGAUCUGUCCCUGAUCCGGCGGCACCGGCUGGCGCUGUUCCAGCGCCUGACAGCCGUCCUGCCCAUCCUGGGCAGCCUGCUGGCCGCCAGCGUCAUCACCGAGUUCGAGCACGACGUCAUUAAGCAAAAGACUCAGACCCCGCUGCAAGCAAGGGAGCUGAUAGAUACCAUUCUGGUGAAAGGAAACGAAGCGGCCAGCAUAUUCAGAAGCUGUCUACAGGACUGUGACCCCACACUCUACAAAGAUUUAUUUGUGGAGAAGAACAUGAAGUAUGUUCCCACAGAAGAUGUUUCAGGUUUACCUAUGGAAGAACAAUUAAGAAGGUUGCAAGAGGAAAGAACCUGUAAAGUUUGCAUGGACAAAGAAGUUUCUAUUGUUUUUAUUCCAUGUGGUCACUUGGUGGUAUGCAAGGAAUGUGCACCCUCCCUUAGGAAGUGCCCCAUUUGCAGGGGAACAAUUAAGGGUACAGUUCGGACUUUUCUUUCAUAA